AUGUUCAAUAUUGAUUUAAACGAACAUAAUCCACGAAUACUCGGGCAGUUCUACUUUGAGCAACCGUUCAUUGGCAUUUCAGUGUCAUCUAUUACAAAAGUAGUUCCCGAUGGUUUUCUUAUCAAAGACAAGAGCAAACAAAGAUGGAUUUCAUUUCCAACUACGACACACCGGAUGGGCGACAAUGAGGCUAAUUGGCUUCACAAUCGAAUGAUGUCGAUUAGUGAACAGUAUAAAAACUAUUAUGAUCAAGAACAACGAAUUGCUCGUGAACAAGCCAGUAUUCAAGCACAAAAAGAAUUGGAAGCACACAGAUUAGAUGCUCUUAUCCAUGAGGAAGAAUUGUGGCAACAAAGGAAUUUUGGAAAUGAUCUUGAGCGAAUGUGGGAAGGAACAACAUCGGCAUCUCCUAGAUAUAUAGCAAAGUUUCGUGUAGCUCUUCAUCAUCAAGUAAACUCUGAUCAAACUGAACUCCUUGCCUCGUCAUGUAGUGUUUGCUUGGAUAUGCUCCAAAUUGGUGAAAUUUAUGAUCGUUGGCCAUGCCCUGGUCGACAUGUUUUCCAUGAAAAAUGUAUACUCGAUACAUUACGAAGAAAAAAUACUUGUCCAUUGUGUCGACAUCCGGUCGAACCAGCAGCUCCUUUUCUAUCAAGAGAUAUUGUUAUGCGGCUGAUACUACAAAGAUUAUUCACGAGAUUUACCAUUUAA